GCGCUGGUGUGUUGUUGUCGCUCCCACAGUUUUGGCCGAAAUUAAUUCGCGUUAAUCGGUUUGCGCAAAAAUAAAAUAAUAAAAAACAAAAAUUGCAGUCGCAAGUAACCAUACAAAAGCCGUUGCAGUCAUUGCCAAUAAAAACUGCAAGUUCCUUUUUAAGCUGCAUUCAAAAAUCGGAGUUGCAAUAUAAAACGAAGUAGUCGAAAAAAAUUGUGUCUCUACUCCUUGAAAAGGAGUUUAGUUUUUCGCUCUUCAUUCAUAUAUAUAUAUUUAUGUGAGUGUAUGUGUUGUUUGUGUUAGUGCUGUGGAAGUAAAGUGCUGCCAAAAAACCGAAUAAUUUCAAUUAAUAUUACCAUUCGCAAUAAGACAGGAAAAGUAAAAGUGGAGUUGACAAAAGAAACUGCCAUAAUCCCCCCCCCGCCCCGAGAGCACGAAUCGACGCCACAAACACAUUUCUUUUAUCGGCGUUUAGUUUUUAGCUAUCUCUGCCCGCCGCCGCUCGCUUUCUGAGUGUGUGUGUGCGUGUGUACGCGAGUGUGUGUGUUUGCUCGUGUGCGUCACUGGUUACUGCAGCAGGAAAAAGGGAGUAGCUAGUAGGCAGCGGCAGAAGCAGCAGAUACCAAGCAACACCAACGCAUUUUCGCCGUGGAAUUAAGCAAAAUGUUGUGAUCUCAUAAUCAGCAAGCGACAACAAGAACAACAGACAACCAAGAGAACAAGUUAUAAUCUGGUGGAAACAGAGGGGAGCUGACAACAACAACAACAAGAACAACAACAACAACCAUCUUCCCAAAAGUGAAGCUUAUCGCACAAUUUUCUCACGUAACAGCAACAACAGCAGCACCAAAAAUGACUGAACAAAGCAUUAUUGGAGCCCGUGCCUCAGUGAUGGUGUACGAUGACAACCAGAAGAAGUGGGUGCCUUCGGGCAGCUCGUCGGGACUGAGUAAAGUGCAGAUCUAUCAUCAUCAGCAGAAUAACACAUUCCGUGUAGUGGGCCGAAAGUUGCAGGACCACGAGGUGGUCAUCAACUGCUCCAUUUUGAAGGGACUCAAAUACAAUCAGGCCACAGCCACAUUCCAUCAAUGGCGUGAUGCUAAAUAUGUGUAUGGUCUCAACUUUUCCAGCCAGAGCGAUGCCGAGAACUUUGCGCGCGCCAUGAUGCAUGCCCUAGAGGUGCUGAGCGGUCGUGUGAUCAAUAAUCCAGCCGGUCAACCCACAAAUGGCAAUGGCUACGAAGAGGAUAUGGGCUAUCGCACGAUGACCAGCGAGGAUGCUGCUAUAUUGCGACAAAACAACGGCAUUGGUGGACACAUAACGCCCUCGGCGCAAACGCCCACCUCACAGACAAAUCAGAAUAACAUACCACAGAGUCCGCCAACGCCACAGGGACACCAUCGCACCAGCAGGAAUUCCCUCAGCGCACCGCCGGCGCCACAACCACAGCAACAACAGCAGCAACAACAACAGCAGCCACAGCUGGCGCCUCAAGCGGUUUCCCAUUACGGACCCACUGCCAACGGGCCAACGUCCAAUGGAUUGCCACAGCAGGGCAAUCCUCAAAUGCAGAUUCCACCUGCACCCGGUCAGGCACAACAACAGCAGCAGCAACAACAGCAACAGUAUCAACAGCAGCCACAACAGCAGCCCGUCUACAAUACACAACAGCAGCAGCAGCAGAUGGUGCAAGCGGGCUAUGCGCCUCCUCAGCAGUACCAGCAGCCCCACUAUGUGCUCUCAAACUCUAAUCCCAAUCUCAAUCUACAUCAAUACCCGACACAGCAGCCACAGCCGCCGAUGCCGCCCGUGCAUCAGAAUGGAGGCGGGCCCAUCUACGGGGCCACACAGCCCGCUCAUAUCCCCAGCUCGACCAGCUCCAACAGCGUUGUGUAUGCCAGUCAGCCGCAGUUGAUACCACAGCCUCCCCAGGCGCCCGGUAUGCCAGCUCCCGGAUACGGACAACACAACGGACAGCAGCCGGAGAAUCCCUAUGGGCAAGUGCCGUUGGCGCCGCCAAUGAUGCAACAGCCAGGCAGUGGUGCACCCAUGCCGCCGCCACUUAAUCGUAUGAGCAGCACAGGCGGAGUUGCUGGAGCAGGUCCAGGACAGGUGGCAGCCCCGGCGCCGCCACCACCACCACCCACAUUUGGCGGUGCACCGCCGGCACCACCACAGAUGUUCAAUGGUGCACCCGCACCACCACAGCCGCCGGCACCACCUGCUCCACCAGCUAUGGGCGGACCUCCAGGGGCCCCAGGCGGUCCGGGUGGUCCAGGAGCACCACCGCCGCCGCCACCGCCCCCUGGCAUGGGUGCAGGCGGCGCAGGCAAAAAGGAUGAUCCCCAAGCCGAUCUCAUGGGUUCGCUGGCCUCGCAAUUGCAGCAGUUCAAGCUCAAAAAGAACAAGUCAACCACAGCUGCACCGGAGAACAGCGGCAGCAGCACUUCGAGUGGCGGCAGCGGCAAUUAUGGCACCAUUGGUCGCAGCACCAAUGGCAUGGCUUCGAUGAUGGACGAGAUGGCCAAGACGCUGGCUCGACGACGUGCGCAGGCAGAAAAGAAAGAUCCUGAGCCGGAACCAGAAGUCAAGCAGCGGCCAUGGGAGAAGUCAAACACAUUGCCACACAAGCUCAGCAGUGGAGGCAGCAGUGGUGCAGCGUCCAAUACGCAUGGCGGAGCUAACGGCAGCACUGGCAGCGGUCAGAGCACAACGAAUAGCGGUGGUGAAUCGCCACGACCCAUGCGCAAGCGCUUCGGCAGCGCUAGUGAAGAGACUAUUCUCAAGCAGGUUAAUGGCGAUGGUCUGUCGCUGGCACUGUCCAACAGCGAUCUGGACACCCUGAAGGCUGAGAUAGUGCGCGAGAUGCGCCUAGAAAUACAGAAAGUCAAAAACGAAAUCAUAGACGCUAUCAAAUCGGAGUUCAAUCGUAGAUAGAUCAAAAUACAUACCAGGCCUCGAAGCUCUCUCCCACUCCCCUGUCACUCUAAGCAGUCGCAAUCCCUCAGCUGAAGUAGAAGAGCAGCUACAUUGUCCCCAAAGUGGCCGUGUGCUGGAUUGGUAUAUGGGUAGACGGUGUCUCUAUCUCUAUCUCCGUCUACUGCUUCUCUGUCUCUACCGUUAGCCAGCGCGCGUAUCACGAACUGAGUUAGAACAAGGCGCAUCAGAUAUUUAAAUGUGUAAUUCUAAAUAUUUUAAAUGUAAUUUCGAUGAAAUAUUUGAAAUGACACCCAACGUAUUCGAGUAUUUACAAGCAUAUACAUAUAUAUACAAAUUUAUAUAAAAACCUACGCGUAUAUAUAUAAAUAGUUCUACAUAUACAUUUAAAUAUAUAUAUAUAUAUAUAAAUAUAAUUUAUACUAACACGAAAGUACGCAAUUAUAUAUCAGCUUUUUACAACAACAAGGAACUUUUAGUCAAAAUAAUCGUAAUUCAAAUCGAAUUCUAAGUUAAACGCGAUCUGUAAACAAAUUUUGUACGAGAAACAACAAAAUUUAAGUAUGUAAUUUUACAAUUGUACAUUAUUUUUAAAUAAGUAUAAACAAUUUUACUGAGAACAACCACAAACGAAAUGUCUCCUUUUGCUCUGUGUUUGCCCAAUCUUUCUCUUUCACCACAUUUUCCCUCCUUUUGCUGGCUUUUUGUUUCGCUUUUUUUAAUACAAAAAAAAAAACAAGAUACAAAUCAAAACAAAAAAAGAGAACUCUUAAUUAUUAACAAAUACAAUAAUAAACCAAAAAAAAAAAAAUGAACAAAAAUAAAUAACACACAAAAAAAAGAAAGCAAUUUUAACAAGCAUCUAAAUCUAUUCUAUGGACCGCAUAAUACUGUAAACGCAAACAUACAUAUACGAUAGACGUACACUCACACAUUCUCUUGACACUGACACACACAAUUCCACACACAAUGCUCGCAACUCUCUAUAUCAACAAAUUAAUCAAAAACACAAAAGUAUGGAAACAUUCGUUGCAUCUCAAGUGCUUUGAGAAGAGUCAACAACAACAUUUACGCAGUCGCAUAGCUGACAACAACAAAACUUUCCUAAGUCACGAUCUCAUAAACAACAACAACAACAAAAAGAAAACAACACAAGACAAAUCGAUUGACGCAUUGAUAAGUUAUCGAUUCAUUCAGAAAUUUACACAAAGAACACAAGAAGGUCUUCGAAACUGUUCAAAGCGGAAUUGAGUUUGGUGUUCGGCACUUUUGAAUGCAUUAGCGUUAUAUAUACAAAUAAAUCGACAUAUAUAUAUAUAUAUAUAUAUAUAUAUACUAGACAACAGAUAUUGAUAAUCUAUAAACGCAGAGGACAGACAGGCAGAAUUUUGAAUGCCGCAAGUAUUAGCUAAAAUAUCCGCGAAAUAAUGAAUUCAAAAGUAAAUUUAAUAAACGGACUGCUGCAAAAAA